AUGAACAAGGAGGAAUCUGUAGCACUUGGAGCCCCAGCAGCAAGUUCUAGCGGAGGUGGAAACAAUGCUUCAAAUGAGAACGACGGCGGCGGCGGAGAGGGUGGUAUGUUUCUUUUUAAUUGUCACAGUUAAGUACCUUAGUUGUUUUAUACUACGCUUUAGUACUUGCAUUUGCUUGUUUCUUUUACAGACAUUUAUGCUAUUCUUACUUACUGUAAUAUUUUUCUUAACUUAUUUUAUUGAACUGUAGUUUAGGUGGCGCUGCUAAUGCUGGCGGAGGCGGAGGUUCCUUCUUUUUAGGCCAAGGCAUGGCAACUCCGACAGUUAAUGCUCAACUUACUACUAAUGGCAAUGGAGGAGGUAACGACGCAGCCGGUGGUGGUGCUGCGGGAGGAUCUUUCUUUUUAGGCCAAGGUAUGGCCACGCCGACUGUCAGUGGACCAGCCCAAACUAAUGCUGCUGGUGCUACUGCUGGCGCUGAGGGAGGCGGACCUGCUGGCGGAUCAUUCUUUUUGGGUCAAGCGCCUCCAGUUCAAAUAAAGUAUGACAAUGUGGGAACUAGUGCUCCUGCUGCCAAUGGUGGUGCUCCGGCUGGUGGUUAUGGAGGAUCUGGUUACUUAGGCCAAGAUAUGCAAAAGGGUGCAAACUCUGGCUACGCUGCGCCAACUGCCCUAGGAGGAGCAGGACCAACCAAACAAGAAUCUUGUUUCCUUGGAGCUCCAGCACCAGGUGUCACCUCAGGCUUUAUCGGCGCCAAACCAAUUCCCAAAGCAGAAAGUCCAGUCCAAAAACAAAAGGACAAAAGUGUCAAAGUGUACAAGGCUCACUCAUUUAAACCUAAGCCUAAACCUGCUGUCAGUCCAGCUAAAAACACUAGUGUAAAAGAGAUAAAAGAGAGUCGAAAGGAUGUUUCACAAAAGAUAAAAAAACAAAAAACACCUAAAGUAGAACCAGAAGAAGAAAAAGAGAAACAACAGCCUAGUGGUAAGGUUUCAAAGAUUUUAAAAUUUAAAGGUUCUAAUAUAAAAAAUUAAAGUUUUGUUUAUCUCAUAGUACACUGUUGUUGUACUUUAUACAAAAGAAAUAAAGGUUGUUUUUUUUUAGAAAAAAACGCUGACAAACAAGAACCAUCAGAUGCUGAACCGAAAGCUGAAACUCCACAGAAAAAAACUACCUGGAAAGGAAAGCAGAAACAGCCUGAGAUGAAUUUAGCCAAAGGUGAAAUCAAGAGUUUGGUAACUGAUCCAGAAAAACUUGUUUUUACAUGUAAGCUUUUGUUCGAACUUUUCCUAUAUCUACAUCAACUAAAUACCGUUUUUAGUAAACUUUCUUUGUAAAGAUUUAAAAUAAAUUUGUAAAAAAUAAAGAAAUCUUACGUUUAGAUCCGUACGAUAAGCCCCAACUAGUCAAUGUGAAAAUAACCAACGUCAGCCAUAGUAUUGUAGCAUAUAAGGUGAUGGCCUCGGUUCCUCAACAUUAUCGAGUUCGAGGCAAACAAGGAGCACUCUAUCCAGGAGAAUCAGAGCAAGCCACCAUUAGACUUGAACCUCUGAAGGACUUGAAUUCGGCCAUCAAGGAGAACCAUCGCAUCUUAAUCCAAAAUACUCCGUGCAAGAGCAAGACCAUCAAGAAGGAUUUCUGGAAGGAAGUGGAACGUCCAAACUGUGUCCGUGUAGCCGUUGUAAGUUGGAGUUUCGGUGUAAAAGAUGGAUUUUAAGAAGGGUGUAAAAGAAAUUUCUCGAUAAAUUUGUGAAGUUUUGCGUCAAGUCUUCCUUUUACAGAUUUUGGGUCGUUUUUUAUUUACUAGGGCCAAGUCUACUUAGCAGUUUUUGAAAAAAUUUCUCCCGGUAACUGUUUAUGCUCUUUCAUCCUAUAUAGGUCUCGUUCAAAAAGCCGAGGGAUAUUUUGUGCAAUUCCCUAGUUAGCGGACAAAUUUUUUUUAAAUUUGUUUUUAAAAAUAAUUUUCAGAAACUGCUACUAGAAGGCGAAGAGAAGUCGAAGCUGAAAGAAGACGAGUACGUUCCGACUAGCAACGAUGGCAUUAUCGUCGAACCUAACCGAGAGCUCGUCUUUCAAGGACCUUUUGACGAUAUUGUGACAGCCGCGAUUUGUGUCAUUAACAACACGGACAAGUUCAUGUAUAUCAAGGCUAUGGUGACCAAUCCUAUCCCUUUUCGAGUACGACCAAACUUUUCCUGCAUCAAUCCCCGAGCUAUGCAGGUUUUGGCAGCAAUGGUGGAGCCGAUCAGAGACUUGUCCAAGAUACGGAAGAAGAAGAACAAGUUCAUGAUUGAGUACACAGAAGGAGACGAAGCAUUCCCCAACUUUGAGGAAUACUGGAGUUCUUGCUCCAAGUUUCAGUCUGUCAAACUGAAGGCUAGAUUUAAUGAAUAA